AUGCACGCAGUUUGUAGAGCAGUGGAUUGUGGUGGCUCCAAAAUUUCAAGCACCAUUGUUGUUGAUCAAUCAAACAAAGCAAAUUUCAGAACAAUCCAAGCUGCCAUUGAUUCAAUAAAACCAAACAAUGCUCAGUGGGUGAAAAUUCAGAUAAAUGCUGGCGUAUACAAAGAGAAGGUUCAAAUUCCAACUGAAAAGCCAUGCAUCUUUUUGCAAGGCCAAGGAAAACAAGUCACCACCAUUACAAACAAUGACCACAAUGCACCAAAUACCAGUUCCACAUUCACUGCUUUUGCAAACAACUUAGCUGCAUCAGAAAUCACUUUUAAGAACUCAUACGGUAUCAUACAACGCUUGAACAUGCAUAGGAAUGAGAGACAUUUUGGGAUAAGGGACCCAUCAUUGGCCGCAAGAAUAUCUGGAGAUAAAUGUGCCUUUUACAAUUGUAAUUUCAUUGGGUUUCAAGAUACUGUUUGGGAUGAAAGAGGUCGUCACUACUUUCAAAACUGUCUCUUUGAAGGUGCAGUAGACUUUAUAUUUGGCGCUGGGCAAUCCUUUUACCAGGAUUGUGUGUUAAAUGCCACUGCCUUGGGUUCCAUAACAGCACAAGGACGCGCUUCAACGAGUGACCAAAGUGGUUUUGUGUUUGAAGGAGGUUCUGUGGUUGGCAGUGGUGUUGGGAACUCCUUAUUGGGUAGAGCCUAUCGAUCGUGUUCGAGAGUCAUAUUUCAUAAAACAGCCUUGGCUCCUGUGGUUGAACCUGUAGGAUGGGAUGCUUGGAAUUAUACAAACAAAAUUUCUGAAGAUUGUAAACAAAUUUAUGCAGAGAGUGCAUUUUCUUCUCUGAGGUUGAGUGUACAGGACCAGGUGCGAACACUUCGGAACGUGUUACUUGGGCGAAGAAAUUGA